AUGAUCUGUGGCUGGCUGAGUAAGGGACCUUACCCCAUCUCUACAACUCCUAACCCCUACCUCCCAGGACCUUACCCCAUCUCUACAACUCUUAACCCCUACCUCCCAGGACCUUACCCCAUCUCUACAACUCCUAACCCCUACCUCCCAGGACCUUACCCCAUCUCUACAACUCCUAACCCCUACCUCCCAGGACCUUACCCCAUCUCUACAACUCCCUACCUCCCAGGAACUUACCCCAUCUCUACAACUCCUAACCCCUACCUCCCAGGACCUUACCCCAUCUCUACAACUCCUAACCCCUACCUCCCAGGACCUUACCCCAUCUCUACAACUCUUAACCCCUACUUCCCAGGACCUUACCCCAUCUCUACAACUCUUAACCCCUACCUCCCAGGACCUUACCCCAUCUCUACAACUCCUAACCCCUACCUCCCAGGACCUUACCCCAUCUCUACAACUCCUAACCCCUACCUCCCAGGACCUUACCCCAUCUCUACAACUCCCUACCUCCCAGGACCUUACCCCAUCUCUACAACUCCUAACCCCUACCUCCCAGGACCUUACCCCAUCUCUACAACUCCUAACCCCUACCUCCCAGGACCUUACCCCAUCUCUACAACUCUUAACCCCUACUUCCCAGGACCUUACCCCAUCUCUACAACUCUUAACCCCUACCUCCCAGGACCUUACCCCAUCUCUACAACUCCCUACCUCCCAGGACCUUACCCCAUCUCUACAACUCCUAACCCCUACCUCCCAGGACCUUACCCCAUCUCUACAACUCUUAACCCCUACCUCCCAGGACCUUACCCCAUCUCUACAACUCCUAACCCCUACCUCCCAGGACCUUACCCCAUCUCUACAACUCCUAACCCCUACCUCCCAGGACCUUACCCCAUCUCUACAACUCUUAACUCCUACCUCACAGGACCUUACCCCAUCUCUACAACUCUUAACCCCACACCUCACAGGACCUUACCCCAUCUCUACAACUCUUAA